AUUCUGCUCAUAAUUGCAUCUCUUAUCUCUGCCUUGACCUUCGUCGACUCCAUUCAAACGUAGUGUCCAAUGGCGUCUAAGAACAAUCAUGUACACGGCCACAACCACGACCACGAGCACGGCCAUAGCGGCCAUCACCACCACCAUCACGGCAAUGAGGAAUCAUGGGUUGGCCCCGAUGGGAAAGUUUACCAUAGCCACGAUGGACUGGCGCCGCACUCGCACGAGCCCAUUUACUCCCCAGGCUACUUCAGCAGAAGAGCACCUCCACUUGCAAACAGGGAUUUCAGUGAAAGAGCGUUUACUGUUGGUAUCGGCGGCCCCGUCGGCACUGGAAAAACGGCUUUGAUGUUAGCUUUAUGUGAAUCUCUGAGGGAUGACUACAGUCUUGCAGCUGUGACAAAUGACAUAUUUACAAAAGAGGAUGGUGAAUUCUUGAUAAAGCAUGGAGCUCUGCCUGAGGAAAGGAUUCGUGCUGUAGAAACAGGUGGCUGCCCACACGCAGCUAUUAGAGAAGACAUCAGCAUUAAUCUUGGGCCUCUUGAGGAGCUCUCCAAUUUGUAUAAAGCGGAUAUACUCCUUUGUGAAUCUGGCGGAGACAAUCUGGCUGCCAACUUCAGCAGAGAACUGGCUGAUUAUAUAAUUUAUAUAAUCGAUGUAUCUGGUGGUGACAAAAUUCCUCGAAAGGGAGGUCCAGGAAUUACGCAGGCCGACCUCCUUGUGGGUGUUAUGCUGGUCAUAAACAAAACUGACAUUGCAGCAGCAGUUGGAGCUGAUUUAUCUGUCAUGGAACGUGAUGCACUCCGAAUGAGGGAUGGUGGUCCAUUUGUUUUUGCUCAGGUAAAGCAUGGUGUUGGUGUUAAGCAAAUUGUAGACCACGUUUUACAUGCCUGGGAAAGAGCAACAGGGAAGAAGCGUCAUUAGUUGAUCUCCGAAAGUUCCCCUCCCCCGGGCGUAUUUUCUAUUACGUGCUUUUUCCGCCUGUUCUAGCAACCUUUAUCCAUCGCAUUUGCUCAAAAUGAUGUACUUUAGUUGUGGAUCUUUCAAUUUUCUUUUUUCCUGUACCAAUAGAAGAACUUUAUGUCUAAAUAAAUGGUGAACAAAUAACUAUUCUGGUAUAUGGUUCUGAAUGUUGCACUUAUAUUAUACAAUUAUGCAUAUGGGACAGGAUUACAUCAA